CCCUAAAUCACGAGAGAAGUGAGAGAGACUGAGACUUUUGUAGUUGACCGGAGCAUUCUCACUUCGCCGGCCGACGUUCUUCCUUCCGCCGUCGGUAUCUAUCUGUACGAUCCACGAUCUCUCUCGCUGUAUCUUUCCUCAUCGUGACGAAAAUGGCUGCUCGUAUCUGGAUCUUCUCCGUCGUCGUAGCUGUAUUCUUAUCUAUUUCUGCAUUUUCCUCAGCUCAGGAUCUCCAGAUCGUAAAUGCCGAGCGAAGGAUUGAUUUAAGCUCACAUAUCGUGAAGGCCUUCUUGACUCUCAAGGUUGAAAAUAUUGGUAAAGAUCCUGCUGCAGAAAUGCUUCUUGCUUUCCCACCUACCCAGAUCAAGAAUUUGGCUAUGGUACAAGCCCUGGCAAUUACUGGCAAGAAGAAAAAGAAAACCUAUUUGCCACUAGAUGUAAAACCAACUGAACAAUCUGAUGCACCAAAUGACACUGGAUACUACCGUGUUAAGUUUAUUAGCCCCUUAGGUCCGGGUGAAACUGUUUCACUUGAGGUGCUUUACAUAUUGACUCAUUCGUUGGAACCUUUCCCAGUGGAGAUAACCCAGUCAGAAUCUCAGUUGGUUUACUACCAUGAUAGUGCAGUGAUAUUGUCACCAUAUCAUAUUAAGCAACAGACAACUUUUGUUAAGACUCCUACUACUAGAGUGGAGUCGUUCACUAGCAUUGAACCUGCUAACCGGGCUGGCAAAGAGAUAAAAUAUGGACCAUAUGAGAAUCGUGCUUCAUACUCUUACACACCUGUCAUCAUUCACUUCGAGAAUAACAGUCCGUUUGCCGUUGUUGAGGAGCUUGUGCGUGAAAUUGAGAUUUCACACUGGGGUAGCCUUCAGAUUACGGAAAAUUAUAGGUUGACUCAUGGGGGAGCGCGUCAUAAGGGUGUUUUCUCGAGGGUUGAUUAUCAAUCUAAACGGUCCGUCAGUGGUGCAUCUUCUUUCAAUGCGCUACUUGCAGUACUGCCUCCCAGAGUGAACUCUGUCUACUACAGGGAUAACAUAGGAAACAUCUCAACUUCACAUUUGCGUACAGGCUUUAGAAAGUCAGAACUUGAAUUUGAACCGCGGUACCCAUUAUUUGGAGGGUGGAGUGCAACUUUUGUCAUCGGCUAUAGAGUUCCAUUGGAAGACUAUCUCUUUGAAGCAUCUGAUGGCCGACGUUACUUGAACUUUACCUUUGGGUGCCCGCUUGUCGAAACUAUAGUGAACAAGUUGACUCUCAAAGUUGUGCUUCCUGAAGGAUCAAAGGACCCUUCUGCUGUUUUGCCCUUUACAGUAAAUCAAGAGUUAGAGGUCAAAUACUCAUACCUUGACAUUGUGGGAAGAACCGUGGUUGUGUUGCAAAAAGAUAAUGUAGUUCCCACUCACAACGUACCCUUCCAGGUGUACUAUACAUUCAAACCAAUAUACAUGCUUGCGGAACCAUUCAUGCUUGUAUCGGCUUUCUUCUUAGUAUUUGUGGCUUCGCUUGCGUAUGUACACAUUGAUCUCAAUAUUGUCAGGAAGUAGAAGUCUCAUGAAAAGUCAUUUGCUUUCACUUAUAGACUCGUAAAAGAAGAUACUUUAUUACUUUUGAUCAUUACUUUUUUAUAAGAAGAACUAAACUUUGUAGUUGUUGCCUUUAGUAGUUGUAUCUUUGACGCUCUUUACUUGUAAUGAAGUGUUGGAGUGGAGGUAGUAUUUUCCUCUCCAAUCUUUGAUUUCCUCAA